CCCCUCCCGGAGCUGAGGAUCCUCUGGCUCUCCUUCCCUCCACCCGGUUCAUCUCCUGCUCUCCCGCCCGGACACCAUGAGAAGAUAUUUCUCCAGAUACGGAGAUGGGAAUUUCAGCUCCUCCUCCGCCCACUGCGGGACGUUGGGUGGUGGGGACGGGAGAUUCCUGGGGUUUGGGCCGGGAUACGGCAGCAGGAGCCUCCACAACCUCGGGGGCUUCAGGAAUGUCUCUGCCGCCGGAGGAUACGGAGAAGGAGCGGGAUACGGGAGGUUUGGAGGCUGGAGACAACCCGAGAGGGCGUUUUAUGGCAGGGGGUACUUCAUGGGAGCUUUUCCAAGGGGUGAAACGGGGCUGGGAAGCACCUCCAGGGCCAGCCCGGGCAGGGAGGGGCUCGGGGCAGAGGGACAGGGGGUGGGACAGGCCGGGAUGCUCCGAGGCAUCGAGGAGGUCCACGUCAACCCCACCCUGCUGAGGCCCCUGGAGCUGCAGGUGGACCCCGAGUUCCAGAGGGUGCGUUCGGACGAGAAGGAGCAGAUCAAGGCCCUCAACAACAAAUUCGCCUCCUUCAUCGACAAGGUGCAGUGUCUGGAGCGGCAGAACCAGGCCCUGUUGGCCAAGUGGCAGCUCCUGCAGCAGCAGAGCUCCGGCCCCGAGGAGAGCAGGAACAUCUCCUCCUUCUUCCAGUCCUACAUCUCCAGCCUCCAGCGGCAGCUCCAGACGCUCCAGAGCCAGAAGGAGCAGCUGGACCCCGAGGCCUACAACAUGCUGCAGCUGGUGGAAGAGUAUAAAAACAGGUUCGAGGACGAGAUCAACAACCGCACGGCCCGGGAGGAGGAAUUUGUGGAGCUGAAAAAGGAACUGGACAGUGCCUACAUGGGGAAAAUGGAGCUGGAUGUGAGGGUGGAAAUCCUGAAGCAGGAGCUGGAGUUCCUCCGGUGUCUGCACGAAGCUGAGCUGUCCCAGCUGCAGACCCUGGCCGGGAACACGGAUAUCGUGCUGUCCAUGGACAACCGGCGGGAUGUGGAUCUGGAUGGGAUCCUGGAGGAGGUGCGCCGGGAAUACGAGGGCAUCGCCCGCCGCAGCUCGGCCGACGUGGACUCCAUGUACCGGGGCAGGUACCAGGACCUGCAGAACACGUGGGAGAACCAACAGGAGCAGCUGAGGAACAGCCACCGGGAAAUCCAGGAACUCGCCAGGCACAUCCAGAGGCUCCAGCCGGAGAUUGAAGUCGCCAGGAAAAGGAAUUCCAGCCUGCAGGACUCCAUCCGGGACGCGGAGCUGCGGGGUGACUCUGCGCUGCGGGAGGGUCGGGAGCAGCUCCGGGAGCUGGAGGAGGCCCUGAGGGAGGCCCGGCAGGAGCUGGCCCGGCUUGUCCGUGACCACCAGGAGCUGCUGGAGGCCAAGGUGGCCCUGGACGUGGAGAUCGCCGUGUACAGGUCCCUCCUCGAGGAGGAGGAGCACAGGAUCCAGGAGGGAUCCCCGGCCACAAUCUGUGUCAUCGACCACCAGGCGGGAAUGACCGGAGUCUUUGGAGUGGGACCCGGAGGGAUAAAGGGC